GAGAGGGAGACGCUGGCGCAGGGAGGCAGAGAGAGAGGGAGACACUGGCGCAGAGAGACACGGAGACAGAGACGGAGACGCGGAGACAGAGAGAGACAAGGAGCCAGGGAGGGAGGCUUGCUCAUUGCUGAGCGGGGUGAGGGAGCGCGCUUAACCCAGCCAAGCGUAAGUUCCCCUCGCUGAUGCUGCUGAUGCUUGGUGGUGGAUGCGAGUGGUAGGUAGGGGGUGAUUGUAAUAGCUCGCCGUUCUAGAUGGUGCUACUAUUGAGUGGAGGUAGUUGUGGUGGUCGGUAGUGGCAGUGGGUAGUGAAUAGUGGUGGUGGUGUUGGUGGACAGCGAGUGAUGAUGUUGAUGAUAGCGGGUGGUGAUGUAAGUGGCAGUGAUAGUGGGUAGAGCAGUGGUGGUAGUGAGUAGUGGUGGUGGUAGUGCGUAGCGGUUUUCGUGAUAUUGGGGUUGGGUCGUAGCAGUGGGUAUAGUAGUCGUGGUGGUUGUGAGCAGCAGUGGUGGUGGCAGUGAGUAGUAUUAGUAGCGUUGAGUCGUAGUGCCGGUGAUGGUUUUGGUCGCUUUGCCAUCUUCAUCAAAGUAAUGUCCGGGUGUCACGGAGGGGAGGAGACCAAGGCUCUGGGAUAGACUGCGGCUCCGUGAGCCGAGGCCAUGCGGGGUGGACUUCUCACCCUGGCUUCGCUGCUGGGGGUCACGGCGCUGUGUCAGGGCAUCCACCAGGGCCGCUCCCAUGCCGAGAGCCGCCUCUUCCGCCGCCUCUUCAGGCGCUACAACAAGUGGUCACGUCCCGUGGCCAACGUCUCCGACGUGGUGGACGUGAAGUUCGGACUCUCCAUCGCGCAGCUCAUCGACGUGGACGAGAAGAACCAGAUGAUGACGACGAACGUCUGGCUCAAGCAGGAGUGGCACGACUACAAGCUGCGCUGGGAUCCCACCGAGUACGCCAACGUCACGUCCCUGCGGGUGCCCUCCGAGAUGAUCUGGAUCCCGGACAUCGUCCUCUACAACAACGCCGACGGCGACUUCAUCGUGACGCACAUGACCAAGGCGAACGUGCACCACAACGGCACGGUGCGCUGGACGCCGCCCGCCAUCUACAAGAGCUCCUGCAGCAUCGACGUCACCUUCUUCCCGUUCGACCAGCAGAACUGCACCAUGAAGUUCGGCUCGUGGACCUACGACAAGGCCACGAUCGACCUCAAGAGCAUGGGCCGCAACGUGGACCUCAAGGACUACUGGGAGAGCGGCGAGUGGGCCAUCGUGCACGCCGUGGGCACGUACAACACCAAGAAGUACGACUGCUGCCCGCAGAUCUACCCCGACAUCACCUACUCGUUCAUCAUCCGCCGCCUGCCGCUCUUCUACACCAUCAACCUCAUCGUGCCCUGCCUGCUCAUCUCGUGCCUCACCGUGCUCGUCUUCUACCUGCCCUCGGACUGCGGCGAGAAGAUCACCCUGUGCAUCUCCGUGCUGCUGUCGCUCUCCGUCUUCCUGCUGCUCAUCACCGAGAUCAUCCCGUCCACGUCGCUCGUCAUCCCGCUCAUCGGCGAGUACCUCCUCUUCACCAUGAUCUUCGUCACGCUCUCCAUCGUCAUCACGGUGUUCGUGCUCAACGUGCACCACCGCUCGCGCGGCACCCACUGCAUGCCGCGCUGGGUGCGCCGCGUCUUCCUCGACCGCGUCCCCCGCUGGCUCGUCAUGAGGAGGCCCCAGAGCGUGGCCGAGGCCGAGGCGGCCGCAGCCGCUGCCGCCCUCGCCCCGGCCGUGGCGGACGAGGCCCCGGGGGCCGCCGCCGUCAUCGCCGGCGACGUCUCGGGGGACGUCGCCGAGAGGGCCCGGGGGCUGCCCGGGAGGCUCGGCGCGCCACCGUCGCCGCCGCCGCCGCCGCGCCGCUCCCGCGAGGACCUCUCGACCGACGCCGCCGCCGCCGUCCGCGAGUCGCCGACGGCGUGCGGGUUCGCGCCGUCUCUCCCUCCGCUUUGCCAACAGCUCACGCCUCCUCCUGCUCCUCCCUCUCCGUCGUCUCGCGGAGACGACUACGCGGACUGCAGCCGCUGCGCCUUCUCGCGGAACCUGCUGCUGGCCGUAGAGGGGGUGCAGUACAUCGCCAACCACCUGCGCGCGGAGGACGCCGACUUGUCGGUUAAGCAAGACUGGAAGUACGUGGCGAUGGUGGUGGACAGGAUCUUCCUGUGGACCUUCAUCAUCGUGUGCAUGAUGGGCACCCUGGGGCUCUUCCUGCCACCCUGGCUGGCUGGCAUGAUCGUCAUGGGCAGCAAGCAACUGCACGUCGACUGAGCGCGGGCGAGCGGGCGAGCGAGCGGGCGAGCGAGCGGGCGAGCGGGCGGGCGAGCGAGGUCGCGGAUGGUGAGGAGGCAGGUCCGGAGCGAGGUGACUCGCCCUCCCACCACGUCCGAUCUCGCCACGUCCGAAGCUGCACGGCUUAAUAUCUCACCGAAUGACUUGCAGGUCACCGCUUAGACUGGGCAGAAGGUGGCACGUGUGCAGCGGUAGCUGCGGCCAUGGCGAGAGCUCUCCUGGACGCGAUGUGCAGAGUGCGAAUAUAUUUUUGGGCCCGCCAGCCUACACACUCCCCGCCGAAAUGAAUCCCUGGGUGUGGUUAUGGAGUGUGCAGGUAGUGCAACUGCACCAGAGCCCCAUGCCCCCCCCCACAAGGAAGUUCAGUCGUCAGACUACGAAGAGGUGGGAAAUCCAUCCCUUGCACCAGGCCCCGUAGCAACCACCACACCACGCCGCUUGUCGUGAGUGGCGUACUUUCACUCCCCGUGUUGCCAUCACCAUAGGUGAGCGAAGUAGAUGUUAUGCACGUCAAAUAAACAUUUACUAAACAUUACACGUCUGGUUUUAGGCGCAGAAACUUGAUUCAAUUAAAUGUAUGCGCGUAUGACGCUACCGACUUGCUGUAGGUAGCGAAUAGGAAGUUUCCAAGCUGUGCUAAGGACUUGUGUAUUUCAUAGAUUCUCACAACAGCAAGUUUUAAAGAAAUCCAUGUCUGUUCCCAUUCGGCACGUGGCGCCUGUUUUCCUUAUGUUAAACCCGAUCGAUUUACGGGAUAAACACUCUAAAUUUAGACAAACACCAUCCCGGGACUCCAAAUACAUUUUUCGAUUCGAAUGAGUGCUGUUCUUUCGAAUAUGAAUCGAAAUCUAUUUGGAAGAUGUUUGAUCUAACGAUGGGUCGAGACGCGUACGUAUUUCUCAAUAGGCGAGCGGUGGAUCGACCGCGUGGAGUCGAGCCGCCCGUCCCCCCCCCAUCGGUUCGCGAUUGCGCCCCGCACGGCAUCCCCGCACGCGUUGCUCUUUAAAGUGCAAGACAAAAAAAAUGUAACGGCACGGGGGCGGGGGGGAUGCACGUGGCCCUGCGAUUUCCCCGCUCGCUCCACCCGCUGUCUGCAACGAAACUUGACGAGUUGGCGUCGUCUCGACGUUCCGCGUGCCCCGGGCGAAACGCGCGCACGGACAAGCGCGCAGCCCUCUCCGCACACAGCCUGCCUGCAUGAAUCGCGUAUCGUCCAGCAAUACCACGAGAUAGACCACGCGACACGCACACAUAGAGAUGAUGCAUAUAUAUAUGUACGCGUGGAAAGUUUAAAGCAAUAAAAGUGGUUAUACCUCUUG